UACAAACUUUCGCUAGUGAGGCCAACAGAGAGACAGAGGAGGCAACGAACCACAUGCUGUUCACUCAGAACAGGGUCUUCUCUCCUUCUUUUUAACUCCUGUUGGAUCUGCUCUGGCCUCAUCACUCCAUGGGACUCCAGAGCUGGCCAAGAAGAAAACAAGAUCUGUCCUCCAUGGCUUGCCUGGAUGUGGAGAGCCCCUCCAUUUGCAGGGGUAAAUUCAAAUCAGUCCUUCAACAAUGUCUGCAGCAGAGGAGGACAAGGGAGCAGCUUGUGGAGCAAGGCAUAAUGCCACCUCUAAAAAGCCCUGUUGCCUUCCACAAGCAGAUCCGAAGCCUACAGAGAGCCAGAAAAGGGAAUUUCCUAAAGCAUAAACUCUGCAGCAGACCGGAACGCUCAGAACUGAUCCGUAUGCAUAUCCUAGAAGAAACUCCGGCAGAGCCCUCCCUCCAGGCCACACAGAUUAAACUAAAGAGGGCAAGACUGGCCAAUGAUCUGAAUAAGAAAAUCACCCAGCGACCUGGAUCCAUGGAGCUGGUGAAGAAGAUCCUGCCAAUAGACCCUGAAGUUAAAGAACUAAUAAACAAUGGUAAGGCGGAUUACUCAGACACACCACAUGUUCCAGAUGUUUAUAGCUUUGAUGAGGACAGCAGUGAUGCAUUAUCAUCACAGCAGCCCGACAGUCAACCAUCUCCUCCCCAAACGUUGCCCUCCCCAAAGGAAUCAAGAGGAGCUGAGGUUUCAAAUGCAUCCUCUGAUCGCAGCCCUUCACUGCAGUUCUCUCAAACAUGUUGCCCUCAGCCAUCAUCAGAUGUCUCUACUUCAGACAAACACAGCAGCCAGGGAGCUCAUCAGCCCAUCACUGCGGCUGUACAAUCCGUUUCAGCAGGACCAGUGCUUACGAAACAAACAUUGGCGAAGCUAUCUGCAGACAAAUGCCGCAGCAAAAAGAGCAAAGAACUCAAGCCACGGGUUAAAAAGCUGAAGUAUCAUCAGUACAUCCCUCCUGACCAGAAGCAGGAGCUCAGUGAAGUGCCUAUGGACUCUUAUUAUGCUCGUCUCCUGCAGCAGCAGCAGCAGUUCCUGCAGCUCCAGAUCCUAAGCCUGCAGCAGCAGAAGUACAACUCCCAAACUGCACCCGUCACACUGAACAUGUCUACAAAUGAGAUACAGACCAGCUGCUCAGCUCUUGUUCUUAGAGGAAGCUCUCCAUCUGUUCCUGUGCUGUUCCACCAUACAAACACAAAGUCGGAUCAGUUACCGGCUAAUAUCGAUGAAAUGAAGGUCGCUGAGCUGAAAAUGGAGCUAAAACUCAGAUCUCUGCCAGUUUCUGGGACCAAGACAGACCUAAUAGAGAGGCUCAAGCUGUUUCAUGAGAAUACUAAAACCCAGCAUGUUGCUUCCAUGGAGUCAGGAGUCACCGCAGAAAACUCACAGUCUGAAAGCAUACAUUUAACGCCGCCUGUUUCCCUUAUAGCUUCCAAAGUCUCCAAACUGGGUAUAGAAGAUAUUAAAAUGACUGACAUUCCUAUGAAGUCAGUAGCAGAGGCUUCGUAUGAUGCUGCUCUGCAUUCAAGCCCCUCAAAGGAAACCCAACAUGAAGAGGGUCCAACACAUCCGAAGGUCAACGAGAAGGACUGUGAAAAAGACAAACGUCUACAUGAGAAGGAGCUUCAGAUAGAGGAACUGAUGAGAAAGCUGGAGCAGGAGCAGAAGCUAGUUGAGGAGCUAAAGAUGCAACUGGAGGUGGAAAAAAGAAGCCAACAGAGUGAUUCCCCCCCUCAUCUCAGCUUGCUGGUACCAAUCCAAAUAAAAGAGGAAAACAGGAGUCUUUCAAACUGCUCAGUGGCUUGCAGCUCUCCUGGUCUGCAUGUGCAGAUCAAGCAGGAGGAACCAUGCGAUCAUGGCUACAGAACCAGUCCAAAUCAGUUCGUCAUUGGCCACGAGACCAACACAAAGGCUGAAAACCUGCAGUCUGUCCAAGUCCUCCUGCCCACAUCCCUUUCUGGCUCAGCAGACACUGUGGAAGUCCCUGCCAAAGGCAUUAAAUUACACACUGCCGUUAACAACACAGCUCCAGGCUGCAUCCAGGGAUCUGGACAUGAGCCACAGAAAUCAGCAGCACCACAGCAGCAACCCAGCACUCACACCCCACAUUUGACAGAGACGUGGGGGACAGAUACCAAGGGGCAAGGCUUUCUCAGUGCAUUCCUGAUGUCUGGAUGUGAGAGUCCUUCCUCUCACCAAGUUCCGCAAGAAGGGCUUAAAACAAAGCAAACAGCUUUUACAAAUCAUACAUCAAAGCCCAAAGACCCACCUCGUUAUGAGGAUGCAGUUAAACAGAGACGCAGCAUGAUAACAACUGCUCAGGGUCCGACAGCAGCAUGUCAGCAGAUGGACGACCUAUUCGACGUGUUGAUUGAAAGUGGAGAGAUCUCACCUCUCAUCAGGCAGGAUCCUUCCAGCCUGGAAAAGCCUCUCCCUGUCACAGCCAGCGUUACCGCCCUUCCCAUCAACACAGUUCUGACCCGUCCUCCACCUUUAGUCCAGGUGGCUCAGCUGCCUGGAGUACCGCUCCUCUCACCAGGAAACAACCUGGAAACCCUUGCAGAUGAUACGGAGGUUCGGAGUCUGAAGCUGAUGGAGGACUUGAACUCACCUUUGGUCCACAUGGAGCUGAACUUCAGUGAAAGCAUGCCACCCUCUGGUGUGAACCUGCAAAACACUUCUGUGGACAGUAUGGAUUGGCUGGACCUCACCCUCUCUGUGCCUGAUGAUGGGAUUAACCCUUUGGACAUGUCAGUGCAUGGGGCCGUCUUCUCUUCUGACUUCCUGGAUUCUCACUUGAACUGGGACUGAGUAACCAAAGAGUGAAUGUGGACUUUAUCUUUUUUUUUUAUAAACAGAGGUUGACGAGCUGCACUUCUUGCAGUCUGUAAAAGCUAUAAAUAUUUGAGGAGAACAUUUAAAAUGGUACCGAUAUUUUAAACAUUUCCAUCUCAUGCCAUACAAUUGCUCUUCUCUUCACACAAGCAUUUUGCUUUGCUCUGCAGCCUCUGUAAUGCAGUAUGCAUUGUCUCAGCACGCAGAAGAGAAAAAUAAAAUACACUAAUCCUGGUAACAGAUGGAAGAGAGCUGCAUUUAGCCAUUGUGCUGUUUACUCCACCCUAUGUCGGAAUGAUUAUCACAGGCAUAAAUCCGGCAUUUAACCAAAGAAGUGAAAGUCUGAUUGCACUGCAGAGGCCCAACAACCCAGAACAUACCCAACAGUGUUUAUUACACAAUACUUUGUAAACAUCACUUCACCAAUGAGGCCUUUAGUUCCACAGUUUAGUGACACAUUCCUGCAUAAAUCAAAUGUUGGGCAACCAAACUAACCAAACUUCAUGCGCUUAAGUUUGUCAAACUAACUUUUAAUCAUCUUUUUUUUAUUAUUAUUGUUUUGUUAUUUUUUUUAAAUAGCAAACAACAUCAUAAAAUGGAUGACUCCCAGUUAAGCAGGAAAGUGUUCCAGUUACAUCUGCUCGCUGUGUUGUUUGCUAUUAUUGGCAACCUUGAUCUGGGUGUGAGUUUAGAUGAGGAAAUGCAAGAGAGAUUUGUUUUGCGGUAUUCUAAUUUGUUAUGUGUUGAGUCUCAUGGUUCUCUGGAAAAUAUCUGGAAUAUCUAUGACAAACGUUUUAUUUGUUAAAGAAAAUCUCAGAAGAAAACUUUUGCUGUCUUAAGUCGACUCAUUAGUUCCAAAUCUGUCACCUUCAAAAGAAAGACGCACUAAUGUGGUGGAAAGCUGAAUAAAACCUCAUAAGUCAGCUGUAACCCACACACAAAAAAAACAAACAUUGCAGUCUUUAUAGUUUGUGUUGUAUGAUGUAUUUAUGUUAUUUUUAUAAAGUCAUCACAGGUUUGCUUUUGUAAAGACAGAAAUGCGUUCGAGUAAUAAAAUCCAAACUUUGAAUAUUUCAGUCAUAAGAUAAGCUA